UUGAAUAGACUUUAUUAUAAAUUUCAGAUAUUAGUUAUAGAUAACGAGAUUCCGCCUACAAGGAAGGAAAAAAAAUUAACCGAAACUCUUUGUAAAUACCCGGUAUGCGAUUAAAAUACAGUAGUAGCGGGGUAACAUAUCAUUGUGUACGACAGACCCCGGUCGAUAAAUAGACUUUGCAGCCUGAAAUUCAUUAUUGUCAAGGAAGAAGACGACAGUAAAAUGUAUGUCAACCACGCUACAACUGGGCACGAGCUUCACGUGAAGUCAUCAUCGUCAUUGGCAGACCUUCGCUCACCUACACCAUGUCCAGGCAGUAGAGGCUCAUCGGCGGAUGGAAUGCACGCAACGAAUCAAAAUAUGACUCAUUUGAAAGAUGAAAUUGUUAAAGAAAUCAAAAGAGAACUCUCUGAUCCACUGAGCGAAAUGUUAACCAAAAUACUCAACGAAGUACAGACAAUUAAAGGAAAAACAGAGACCAUCAAGACAUAUUCGAAUGUAUCUUGCCAAACUGAGUGGCCAGUCGACUAUAGAGACAACGAUCCAGCCAACGUCGAUGACUGCAAUACAAAUUAUUCUCUGUAUGAUAUACCACGUCCAUUGGAGCAAAAUAAACAUAAUAUAUCUGAUGAUGAUCAACACUAUACUAAUGCUUCCAGAACAAGAGUCAACGAAAGUCAAAUUGGCACUGAUUUUCAAACGAAACUUUCAGGCGAAAAGACAUCUGACGUGUCAACUGCACUUGAGAGGAGGCCGUUUGUGCAACCAAGAAAUAUUCCUUAUCUUGAAACAGCACAGGGACAUGCGCAUUCAAAAAUAUUCCAUAACAAUUCAUUUCAGUCAAAAGGAAAAGUUGUGGAAGUAAAACCAAGGCAGAAAUCUGAAGUUCAAGCAACUAGAGUUCACCCAGCCGAUAGAAGAGAUUGCUUUGCAAACACUCUACAGUUUCACAUUGAAGUUAUUGUUGAUGGUCUCGCAUAUCACGUCGACAACCUACUGGACGAUCUUGUUCUUGAAGGGUGUCUGACAAGAGACGAAUGUGAAUCAUUUAAACACAUUGGCGAUAGAAAAGAUCGUACACGAGCACUGAUAAGCCUCAUGAAAGGAAGAGACUUAAACGUCUUGGAUGGAUUUAUGAAAAAUGUCAAACGCUACAAUGAAGAAGUUGCUCAUAAAAUUCUCGUCGAUGUAGAAAGAAGUAGUGUGCAAAAAGGUACGCAGAAGAGUACGUGUGUGAUUUGUAAAAUAGAACAGGACAUCAAUAUCAAGGAUGUUGCUGAUAGUUUGUGGUCUGUAAAAGCUAUAGAUGAUAACCUAUACGGUCAAAUUAUACGUCCAGAGUCAAAUUCAGAAGAGCAGAAAACACUUUGGAAGAAGGUUUUUCAAUCAGUAAACUCUUUACAUACUGAACACUUUGAUUCAGCGAAAAUAAAACUAAUGGACUGUCUCUCUAAACACAGCGUGAAUUUGGAAAAAAAUGACAAUAUAUUUGAGAAAAAUCAGACAAAGCUAAUUUGCACUUGUGAACUGGACAUUGGAUGCAAAAGCAUUGACUCAUGUUCUGGAGCGUCGGGCACUGUGAUCAAACCUGACUUUAGUAACCCAUCAGGCGAGAGUAUCUCAAACCCAGUGGUAAUUCCGGUUAUUCAUGGCGGUAAACGAAACAACUCGGUUCCAGUAUGCAAGACAGCUCAUUUAAACGCUUCAGCCACUGGAAACGACAGGAAGUUCUUUGACAGUUUGAUGAAGCCCCCAGUGCUCCCAAAGAGGCCUUCAUCGCUGAGAAGACAUUCAAAAGGCGAUCUUCGACCAACUAUAAGUCCUGCUAAAUCUCUGGACACAUCAGAUGUCUCUUUGUAUGACACCCCUCGAACAUAUCUAACAUUACCAAGAAGUAGAUCAAGUGAACAAACAUCAGCAUUAGACGACGCAACACAUAAAUCACCUCAAGAUUUUUGUACAGACGAGGCAAUAAAUGACCAGUCUGGAAAGUCUCUUUUAGCCAAGAGCGGAAUCCCUGCACUUCCCGUAAAGAAAAGCAAAUUUCCGGCCUGGAAAAAGGCUAAAGAACAAGGUCCAUCAUUUGUAUGAAUGAAGCAGGACAACUGGUUUCUUUAAUGUACAAAGGAAUAAUAUUUACUCAAUUCGAAAUGAAUUGUAUGUAUAUAUGAUAUCAAGAUUUUUCUUGAAUUUUAGUACUAACAAAAUGAAUACAUAAAAAGUUAUUUCAUUUGUAUCAUGUCAAAAUAAUAAUACAAGAAAUACACAAGACAAGUUUUUUUUUGGAUCUGAAGAACAAAAACGUUGAGACUUUGUCAUUUCUAACAUCGAUCAACGGGACUGAAUAGAAAGAUUUAGUAGCACUAUAUGUAUGUGUCACUCAUGUGUGGUUGUGAAAGCAAGCGGAUUGACGAUUUACAACUUUCAAAGCACAGAUGGGUGAUAACUUUUGUGUUUGAAAUUUUCAAACCAACUCUAUUAACGAUGUUUCUUCACGUGCGACUUUCAAAGCAAACAGACGAAAAUAACUUUUCUAUGUGCUAUUUUAAAAAACGAAUAUUACGUUUUCCACCAUGUGAGAUUUUAAAAGCAAUCAGAUGAACGAAAGCGAGCGACUUUCAAAACAAAAGGAAGGGUGACAAUAACUUUUUUCAGGUGUAUUUUUAAAAGCAAAAUAACAAGAGUUUGCCGAUUUUCAUUGCAAAUGGACGGACAAGAAAAAUUUGCAAUAGAUAAUGAAUAAAGAUAUGCACAAUCUAAGUUAAACCUGACACAUUGUAUAUAAAGGCACAUUUUUUGUUUAAAUAUUCUUACGUCAUUAUUGUAAGAAUGGUGUCUUUGUAAUACAAAUUGAUUAGACUGAAGCUAAAAUAGAGAGAAAUAAAGAAUCCCUAAAGAAAAGACGAUAUUUAUGUUUUGCUUGUUUUGUAUAUGCGAAGAUGACUUCAUAUCUAUUCUAGUUUCAUUGGGGUAAAAGAGUAACAAAUAAUCCUACUUACUAACUAAUGAAAACAAAAUGGAGUUACUUGCUUUAAAAAUU